AUGCUCAGCUCCUCUAGUGCUCUUUAUUCAUUGCUCGUUCCCAAGUUGUGGAAUUAUGCUCAACAAAAUAUCAUCAAUAUCAGUGCUCCUGCUUUGGGAAGCUCAUUGUUUGAAAUUUCAGCCAAUAAGAAUGUUCGGGAUGUGUCCUAUUUGUUGGACAACUCCAAGCCGUGGGUUUUAACUACAACCACGAAUCCUUCUUCAACAACAUCCACAACAACAUCGGAAGGUUUCAUACAAGAACCUCAUCAAAAACAUGAAGAAGAAAAAAGCAGUGCUACUCUCUUAUUGGAAUUAUAUUUGGUUUGUAACGUUCGGAAAGUAGUACUAGAUUUUAAUCGUCAAGCCUUGCCUUCAGAAGUUGAAAUUUCAUAUUCGUCCAAUGAAAAGAAAAUCAAUUUUAGAAAAUUGGCAAAAUUAAGAAACACAGAUUUGAAGCGUGUGAAACCUUUUGUCAUUUAUUUCACAAAGCCUGUUCAGCUAAAAUAUAUGAAAUUUAAAAUUACUCUUGCUCAUACGCCAGACAGAACUAGCGAGUCAACAUCAACAACAAGCUGCAAAUUGAAUUCAAUUAAGCUGUUUGGUACUCCUGUGCUUUCUACUGACAAUUUAUUUGACCUUUACCACAAGAAUCAGGAUCAACUCAAAGCACUCGCAGAAAUGAUUGGUCUGAAAAAGAUGUCACCCUCAUCAGAAGAUCCACAACAUGAGAAAAAAGAUACUGAAAAUUUGCAACAACAACCUGCGAGUACAAAAAGUCCAUCUGAUAGCGAGGAGGGAAUAACUAUUGAAAUUCUACCUGAUGAUGACAAAAAUGCUCCUCAUGCGCCACCAAAAGUCGACAUUUCUGAUCCAAGAAAUAGAUCAUCAAAACUGUAG